GCUUCGUCCGCGUACUCCCCCCGACCCCAACACACCUCCAUGCUAGCGCUGGCUACGGCUCACUUCCAGUGCGAUAAUGCCGAAUUGUUGCGUGACCGGUUGUCACAACCGCUACUACCCCGGUUCCACCGUGAGGUUCUACAGAGUUCCCAGCGGGAACCGGCAGUUCCAGGUCCAGAGGAGGCGUUUAUGGAUGGAGGCGAUCCAACAAGCCAACGGGGGCAGCAGUGAGAUCCGUGCAGACGCUCGCAUUUGUGGCGUUCAUUUCGUCUCAGGAGAGGCUUCCACGGACCCAGACAAGCCGAAUUUCGUCCCCACGUUGUUUGGAUGUAGUAAGCUACGCCAGGGUCCAACUAAAAGCGCAAAAUGGACUUCUUCUGCCUGUCGAAGAAGUCAAAGACAGAAAGCGAAUGUGGAGACCAAAGCCACAACAGCAAGGGGAGACGAUAAGGAGAAUGAAGACACGGCUGCUGUAAGAGACGAUGACGAGACUGAAGACAUGACUACUGUGAGAGACGAUGAAGAGACUGAAGACAUGACUACUGUAAGAGACGAUGAAGAGACUGAAAACAUGACUACUGUAAGCGACGAUGAAGAGACUGAAGACAUGACUACUGUGAGAAACGAUGACGAGACUGAAGACAUGACUACUGUAAGAGACGAUGAAGAGACUGAAAACAUGACUACUGCGAGAGACGAUGAAGAGACUGAAAACAUGACUACUGCGAGAGACGAUGAAGAGACUGAAGACAUGACUAAUUUGACAGAAAAUGAAGACAUAACUACCCCAAGAGAUGAUGAAGAGACAGAAAAAUCACCAACCCAACCUGCAUCUGAGUCUUCAAUGGAUCACCAGCCCUCUGCUUUGAUUGAAACUACAGAUGAAUUUUUACCAGAAAUGCAAACUUUGCCAGUGUCAAAGGAGGAAGAAACACAAGAUGAGAAGAUCCAUGAUAAAGACCCAGAAGUGACCGAAUGUGAAGCUGAACCUGAAACGAUGGAGACAGAAAACAAAUCCAGCCCUAGUCCAUCACCACAGAAACCACCAGGAAAAAAAACAGAUAAAAUGAAUCCUUUUGUGCUCCUAAAGCCUUUACUUUUACCUCAAGGUGCUUAUCAUGUUGACCUGAGCGCCUCUACCGCGGUGUCGUCCAAAGAGCAGCGUGAAGACACGAGUCAGGGAGGACUAACGGAGUCCAGUGCCAACAGGGAUCAGCCGUCCUUUCCUUGUAACCUGUGCGAUCGAACCUUCACUACAAGCCACUACCUGAAGCGCCACAAACUGCUGCACGUUCGAGACGUGAGGAAGUGCCUCAGGUGUGGCGCGCUCUUCUGCCGCCGCCACAACCACGUUUUGUUCCAGACGCGGGCCGAGCCUCUACCCGAGUCUGAGGAGAGUUCCUCCAGCAGCGAGGAUGAAUCUCUGGACGCAGAGCAGGAGAAAGCAAGCAAAGUUACAGAAAAGGCUGACAACCCUUUGAGCGUUCAGACUGAAAGACCUCCAGACACUCCUGCUCUCAGUAACUCACCGUUACUGAAGACUUCCAACCUGACGGACGUCGGAAAACCUCUCCUGGUGUCGGUGAAGCCUGCUGCUGUUCCCUCUCCACCCUCUCCGAUCACCAGGUUCCCCAGCAACCCAGGAACCGUGUUUCAGAUUAAACCGCUCCUGUCGGACAUCUCUCCCGCUUUGAAACGACCAAAUCUUCCUCAACAACCCCAACUCCCACCUUCCCUGAAGAUCUUUUCCACUCAGCACCUCACCUCAGCCUUGCUCAAUGUUCAGAGAAACUACAGAUACAUUUUAAGCAAGCCUAAAAACGACAUGGUGAAAGUCAAGGAGGAACCAGAGGAGCCAGUUCAAAUUUGCCCAGAUGAGGAGCCAGUAAAGCAGGUCAAACUGGAGAAAAUCGCUUAUGACCUCGAGAUGGUAAUUUGACUUAAAGCUGCUAACCUGACUUCAGUCAAACUCACUUCAGAUCAAAUGCGUCUCCUAUAGAACAGUGUGGAAUGGUCUCAUCCAGAUUUCAUUGUAAAUCUCUACCUAAGACGACAUCUUCUCUUCUCAAACAUUCUCCCACUCUCAGAGGCCCUUGAUGACAUCACAUAAGGUAACCAAUCAGAGUAAACAUCCUAAAUAUUCAAAUAUUUUCAGUCAUAUUCCGCUGUUGAUGUGGCAGUAUGUCUCAGAAAUGGAGGAAAUUUUGAUACUAAGCUUUCAUGAAAAGCUUUUUGACUUUUCAUAAUCUGGAAUCAUGGGAUUUUUCUCCUCAAUCAUAAACCAUUUUCAAUUUAAGUGCAAGUCAAAGUCACUCAUCCAGAUUAAAUCUUAUCAGUGUCAGCUGACCAGACAGAUUCCUGUGCCUCUCAUGAUGCCAUCAAGACAAACACAACAUAAUUAUGAGGUCUGUUUGCGUUCUAAAACAGUAUUUUUUGUGAAAUAAUGCAGUGCAAAUCAACAUGUCUUUACCAAAUCAUUAUUUUAUUUUAGAUAUAAGUGUAACCUAAUCAAUCCCUGGUAAUCCUGAUUGAUUUCUCCACUGUAACUAAAGUGUAAAACUGAAAUCAAUUUUUACUAUUAAUUAUUAGAGGACUGCUACUUUCUGGUAUAUAUUUUUUAUGUUUUUGGGUGUUGGAUUAAUCAAAUAAAAUGUUGUUAUUCUUGAUCUAUGUGAUGUUAUAUCACUACUGUUGGAUUCUAAAUGACACCUUUACAUGUAAUUAUCAAGCUUAUUUUUUAUUUCUUGUUUUGUUUUUUGAGUCGUAUUCAAUCAGUUUUUUUGCACACAACCAACAUUAGCAGUGUUUCACAUUCCGCAUUAUUUUUCUUUUCGUUUUAGUUUCUUCUCUUAUCUACCUCAGCCUGCUGUAAAAGCAAAUAAAACUCAUUUCGUAUUACAGAUGAAUGCUGCUUUUGGACACAAUGUAUGUAUGUUUAAAUACUCUAGUAUUUCUGAAAUAAAAGUAUUAGAUUUUUGUGCAAACUAAAGAAAAGUGGCAACACUGAUUCCUGUUUUUCUUUCCAGAAAAUAGCUGUCAGGUUGUAAGAUCUGAACUAGUUUUGCACCUGCUUUGUUCACUGAAUAAACAAAAUGUGUGUCACA